AUGCUCUAAAUUCAGAGCAAUGAAAGGGAAAUGUGUAGAUUUCACGUUUGUUUGUGCUUUGGUUAAUUUAUUUGCCAAAAGUUGUCUUAUAGUGUACUUCAGUUUUGUUAUGAUUGUCGACGUAAUUCAUAUUGUCUGGUCGCUCUAAACCUCACAUCAAAAACACGACUAGGCUUUGAAAAAAAAGAAAAGAAAAAAAGAGAAUUCUCGUCAAUCUUACAUUUACGACAACUUCCAGUGUACGCGAAAGCAGCAUCAAUAGAUCAAUAGAAAUUGCGGCCUAUAGUGGCGAUAAAGUAUUAUCACACUCAGACAAAAUAUCCAGAUAUUCAAGAAGAACUUGAGAAAUCUCUCGACAUAAAAGCCUGAAUGUUAUCAAUAUAAUGUGACUUUUCUAAAAUUAUUUAGUAUGCAGAAGUUAUGUAAGUAGGCUAGUCAACAAUAUAACGUAAAAUAGGAUCACAUGUUGCCUUGGCUACUAAAACUAUAAAGGCUUAACAUAGGCUGAUUCCCUAAAUUCAUAUUAUACUUCAACGCAAUAAUAGUGUGAUAUAAAUCAAACACUUCAUUCCAACAUUUAACCUUCGGAAAAAAAACUGUACAUGCUGCCUGCCGAUGAAACCUGUAGGACUGGUGACCACAGAUUGGAUUAGCAGAUAUUUUUUCUGCAGCAGUUGUCAUCACCAGCACCAGAGCAACCACCGCUGGCACUCUCAUAAAAGAAGCUCCACUGGGCUACUGUGUUGGAUUGCGCCAGAUUGUCACUGAGCAGUCCGCGACGUCGCAGCAAAAAAAGCAAUUAAGGCUCCCUGCGAUAAAGCUGACGGAAAUCUAACGGUUUCUCUGCUUCUCCUUGCUGAGCUGCGCUGAUAAUGGAGCUGUCCUGUGAGUCCGUGAGGUAUCCUGAGGACAGAAGACCGGCCAGUUGCAAGUUCGUGGAGCUCCAUGUGCUGUAUGUGCCAGAUGACCAGUGGAAUAUGAAGCUUAAUAAAGUCCCUGCUGAAGCCAUAGAGAACUUCAUAUCUGCCGGCUUUAUCAGGGUUUAUCCUGACAUCACCUUGAAAACUCUGAGAAGCGAGCUGGGAGCUCUUCUUGGUGCUGAGAGGAGCAUCAACAAAUUCUCCUUCCUGAAAUGUGUGGGGCGCAGUUUGGCACUGGUCAAGAGCACACAGGAGAGGGAUCUGAAAGUGAAAACCUUUGCUCCACCGUAUGCCCCACAGCCAGAGCUUUACCUGCUGCCCACUGUGGAGAAUGACAGCAGUGUUUGCUCCCAGUCUCUCAGCCCAGACACCAGCAGCAGCUCUCCAGACCACCAGACCUAUUACCAACCUCCCAAGACGUGCAGCCUGUCAGCAGGAACAAAGGAGCCUGUUAAAUUCCCCCUUAUCCCCCAGUGUUCCCAUCAGCCACCUCCCACCCCCAGCCUUGAAGAGGAGGAGGAAGAUGAGGAGCAGAGCUAUAAUUCUUCAGAGGCAGAAGCAGAAAAUGAAGAGGAGAAUAUCUCUUCCAACAAGUUAGAGUGGGCAGAGCAGGAAUGUUGCCCAAGGAAGCCUCUGAAUCAAAGGGCCCCACAGCCAGUUUCACGGAAUAAAGGGUGUGAAGCUGAUUCAGCUCAGGUGAAGGAGUCGCCAGAAAAAAAAGAAACCUGCAGAAAGAAGAAACAGUACCACAGACAGAACAGAGCGGCCAGAGAUUUAGGAGUCGCCCAGUCUCUGGAGGACAGAGAUUCAGGCUUCUCCCUCACAGAUGGGCUCGGGAAACCAAAAGAUGUACAUGCACUGAAGUCCAUCAGGAAUAAACCAACAAGUGGAGUGACAGAAAGACCAGCUGUGUUGUCUCGGUCUGUUGGGCUUACCUCCCCUCCUUCAGGACUAGACUUGGCCGUGGUCACUCAAAAAACGACUGCCUCUCCUGUCUUUCACACAAACAGAGAGGAACUGAUCGAGGAAAUCAAGCUGGUGAGGGACGAGAGAAAGCAGCUGGAGUGGACAAGGCAAGAGUUGCUAAGAAAGGGGAAAGAUUUGUUGGCUCAAAAUCGACACCGCAGGAACCAAGCACGUGACAGCUGGAAGAAGAAAUACUUUGAAACCAAGAAAGCCACAGCACCACUGGAGGAAAAUCUGAGAAACUUACGACAGGAGUUGGAGACAUUUUACAACAAACUGUUGCACCAGCUCCAGGCCAGAGACAACAGAGGGAAGCCAAGACGACAGGGCAGAUCUUCCAUAAAGAAUGAGCUCAUCAUUCAGAUCAUGACAGAGAGCCAUGAGAUUGACAACCUGAAGAGGAAGGUAGAGGAUGCCAAGAUGAAGCUGGUAACAGAGAUAAAGUUGAGAAAGCAGGCUGCCACAGAGCUGAGGGCCCUGAAGGCUGAGCUGGCCCAGAAGAAGAGCCAGUCCUCUCAUCCUGGUCCCACAUCCUCUCUGUGUUUUGGAAAUACCACACGGGACAGACCGCAAAUUCAAAGCACCUCAAUCUAAUUCAGUACAUACAGAACUGAAUAAAACCUUUGCUGGGACAGCA